AAUCCAUUCAAAAGAGCUUCACAAUACUACCAAAUCCCCAAUUCUCAAAUUUUUGUUCAAAAAAUGGCGAUCGCUUAUCUACGGAGAUUUGCUUCCCGAAUCGCCCGAAACGCUUCUCUAUCAUCUUCCUUCGGAUCCUCAAUCGCUCGAUCUUCCGCUUCAUCGUCGUCGCCGUCGGCUUCCGCCAAGGUCGCCGAUCGGAUUGUCAAGCUAUCCGCCGUCGAUCCGGACGGGAACAAACGUGAGGUUAUCGGACUCUCGGGUCAAACACUGCUCAAAGCCCUAACGAAUCAGGGGUUAAUUGACCCAGAUUCUCAUCGGCUUGAAGAUAUCGAUGCUUGUUCAGCUGAAUGUGAGGUACACAUUGCUCAGGAAUGGCUCGAGAAGCUUCCACCAGCUUCAUAUGAUGAGAAGUAUGUUUUGAAGAGGAAUUCUAGAGCUAGAGUUUUGAACAAGCACUCUAGACUUGGAUGUCAGGUGGUUCUUUCCCAGGAGCUUCAAGGUAUGGUUGUGGCACUUCCUGAACCCAAGCCUUGGGAUAUCCCCUAAGGUGAAAUGAAAAUUUGUUGAGGUUUUUGAAUUGAAAUUUUAGUGUUUUGAGAUAAUAAUAAUAUAUGGGAACUUUUGGUACUUGAUAAUGUUUUUUUUUUAUUUAUUCAGUAUGUUUUAGCCACUAGAAUGUUCCCAAUUCGAACUAAGUGGCAAUAUGAUGUUGAAGUUGGCUGAAGUUCACAACUUUGUUUGUUUGAAUUUUGAAAUGAAUGAUUUCCCAUUUCAUGUUA